AUGGUGACAGAAGCUCCGGAGAAACAAAAUGAAAUCCUCAUCACCACAUUGAUCUUCUUCAUAAUUGCCUGUGUGGCCGUCGCGUUACGAUGUUAUGUUCGAACAAAGUUGUUGAAAGCGUUUGGUCCUGAUGAUGCACUUGCACUUUUCCUUUGCGGCGGCGUUGUUUUGACCAUCUUAGGAAUCAACUCGGGCUUUGGAAAACAUGUCGACAAUAUGACACCGGAGGAGUCGGCGCGCGGAUUGAGAUACUGGUGCCUCUCAGAGAUUAUAUACCCUCCUACGAUAGCUCUCAUCAAGUCAUCCAUCGCUUUUUACCUCAUCCGCAUCGCCGUUAAUCCUAUUCAUAAAUACACCAUUUAUAUCUCCAUGUCACUAUUUCUCGCAUACACCUUGGGCUUUUUCGCCUUCUUAUUACUUCAAUGCAGGCCAAUUUCAUUUUACUGGAGGAGAUUUGAAGGAGCAACAGAUGGGCAAUGUCUGCAUCCUUCCACGAUAGCAGCCGUGGCAUAUGGUCAUGCGGCAUUAAGCGUCUUGACGGAUCUAACGCUGGGGAUAAUUCCUGCCUUCAUUGUGGCAGAUCUCCAAAUUACGGCAAGGACAAAAACUGCGGUUGCAUUGACCCUAGCAUUGGGUUCCAUUGCAAGCGUAUGUACUCUCACGAGGAUUGCUUACAUCAAAAGUCUCAUGACUGCCACUGAUUACCUCUACUCAAUAGCUAAUAUUAUUAUUCUGACCAUCGUCGAAGCGGCGGUCGGACUCAUAGCAUCCUGUUUAGCGACACUCAAACCGCUCGUCCGCUCAUUCCUCGACUGGUCCGAAAAAUCAAUGGCAUCGUCUGGCGCUUUUCACAACCGCAUGAUUGACGGGCUAAGCGCGCGACGAACGAGAGUAGAUGAUACGGAACUAAAUUUGAGACCUGAUCUCAAGAUCGUCGGAUUCACCACGACGAUAAUAUCGAGUAAUGGACGAGAUUCACCACCUUUGCAUGCGAGCAUUAAUCAGACAAUUGAUGUCAAAAGCGAAUCGUGGCAUAGUAAUCUUACGAGUCCAUGUGGAAGUCUAGGCUCUCGCGGGCGUCUGGGAAGUGUGAAUGGGACGGGAAGUGUAAAUGGGACCAUGGAAGCAGCAGAGCCGGCUUACCACAUAAAGUAA